AUGAUCACGCGGAAUUCUUCUCCCAUUUUAUCGUCUACCGCGUCGUGUUGUAAACGCUACGUCGUCGACCAAUCCUUUCCCAACGCAAAUCAGGCAGUGGCAUUAGAAAGUGCCAACUUUGCAGUCGAAACAAACGGCCUAGUUCUUGAGGAAAACCAUGGCUCAAUUGGCAGAUGUCAAGCCCUAACUCUCUUAGCGCUCACAAAAGUGCAAGGAGUGUAUGCCAAAAGUAAUCUAGAAGUGUCAAACUGA